UGGGGCACGGCUGGCGGCGGCUGCGGCUGCGGCGCCGCGCCGUCCGCCCACCGCUCAGUCGCUGCCUGCCUGCCGCACGCUGCCUGCGCCCAACAAACAGCCACUCCACUGUGCGUCCGCGACAGCAACCAGUGUCUUCGUCCCGCGGUGCCGCCCGACCGACGCCUCCUCCACUAGACUGCCGACCACUCGCGUCGCGUCGAGAGAUGAGACUGAUCCUGUGCCCGUUUUGUGCAAAGUUGGGGACUCGAAACGUACCCGACAUGCGGGCCUGGGGGCUGCUGUUGCUGCUGCUACUGCUGCUGCUGCGACCUGCGGCGACAGCGCCGGACGUCUCGGACAACGAGGCGGAGAGCUACAGCCUGGGCGCCGUCAGAGGGGGCUGCGACUGCACUGAGUACUGGAAUUGCGUCAUGAGCGGCGGGACGCCGUACAGCUACUGCGGCCUGGCCGACUCCAACGUGUGCUGCCUGGUGCCCGAGGGCGCCAAGCCCGUGUCCAGCCUGGUACCGAGCCCCAGCAAGCCGCGCUGCGGGCAGAAGGGCGCAGACUCGGGCCGCGCGGGCGUCGCGGAGCCCGCCGAGUGGCCCUGGCACGCAGCCAUCCUCGAGAAGCCGGAUGACCUCUACGUUUGCGGUGCAUCGUUACUCGACGAGAGCUGGGUCCUCACAGCGGCUCACUGCGUCGAGGAAUUCGUGCAGCGCGGAGCCGUGUCGCGGCUGAAGGUGCGCCUCGGGGAGUUCGACGUGACGGACGGCGGCGAGCCGCUGCGCCACGAGGAGCACGAGGUGGCGGGCGCGGCGCUGUACCCGGGCUUCGACAACCGCAGCCUGGCGCACGACAUCGCGCUGCUGCGGCUGCGCGCGCCCGCCCGCCGCCGCCCGCACAUCGACGUCGUGUGCGUGCCGCGCCUGCGCGCCGCCCACCCGCCGCCCGGCGCCGCCUGCGUCAUCACCGGCUGGGGCCGCCGCACCGAGGAUUCUGACCACUCGGUGGUGCUGAAGGAGAUCUCCGUGCCGCUGUGGAAGAACGCGGACUGCGAGAGGAUGCUGCGGCGGCACUUCGGGCCGCGCUACUCGCUGCCAGACACCGCCAUCUGCGCCGGCGCCGAGGGCCGCGACGCCUGUGACGGUGACGGCGGCGGACCUCUGGUUUGCGAGCAGAACGGCCGCUGGUACCAGGUAGGCGUCAUCAGCUUCGGCGUGGGCUGCGGGCGCCGCAACACGCCAGGGGUGUACACGCGCGUCGCCAUGUACGAGCAGUGGAUCAUGGACACUGUGCUGCGGCACCGACACUCCGGCCGGCAGUGACGGUGGGCGGCGCGGGGGCGGCGGCGCCCUGUGCCGCGGUGGCCGGCGGUCGCCAGGGGUAGCGGGCCUCCGGGAUCCGGGCUGCUGACAACCCACUCAAUCGGCUGUUCGUCUCACAAAACGAGAAGUGACGUCCCUGAAAACAACGGUGUCCAGAGGGAAAUAACGCGCCCUCAUUGCUCCUCAGCAGUGGCGUUAUCUCUCUCGCCUGGUUUCGACCUUGUGAUACUGUGAUGAGGUGUGUUUUAUUUAUCUAUUGAACCGCAACUUCCACGAACACUUAGAUAACGAUAAAAAUAGAUCCAUACGUGAGUAUUAUAUUACGAAACUCUAACGACGAGCGAGUGUUAACAGAUGCGACCUUGCAAUAAUGGUGCAGAAGAACUUCUAAUGGAUCCUAGUAUCGUUUUAUAGGCUACAACUUGACUUUAUGAUGUGCAGAACUGGUUGCUAGUCGUAUAAUAAGUAUAAUCAAAUACCCAUUCCUGCAAACAAAUUCUCUGCAAGUGUAAAGUGUUAUUUUGUAAUUCAUUUGGAAGUCCAGUAUAGGCACACACUUGCUAAUAUUGUCCGGAUCUUGUGAAACAUUGUUGCAGUUCUAGUAACGCUACAGAAAGAAAUGCGCUCUGUUACUUCUCAUAAGAGAUAUGGUACUUUCAAAUUUACUGCCAGAUAUUUCGCUGUAACUGUAGGCAAACACUGUAAUCAUUUAUUUGUUGACGUGCUCCGUUGCUAUCGACUGUUUUGCAGUUUUGUUUCCGCUUUGAACCAAACCAUCAGCACGAUAUUCGUGUUACAAUUUUCACUCAGAACUGCAUGUAAACGUUUGUUGUAGAAUUAGAUGGUAUUUAGUUUACAGUUUCCACAGACAUGCCGAAAAUACUUCGAUACAUUUUUUAACAAUUACUGUUUGUGCUUUGAAAACUAAAGUAUAGCAGAGUGAAAUGCUAAAUACUUUGUCGAUCAACUUUAGCGUCUUCUGUGGACGGUAUUGAAGGACGAUAAAAAAGUAUUGGAUUAGAUCUUUUUAAACCUUUUAAACGAUUAAUUGUUAAACCGUAUUCGCAAUAUAGUUGUUAACUAUACCUUCCAAAGCGUUAUACUGAGAAGAGAGUCUUAGUUCGUAAAAUUAUAGUAAUAAUUUGCGUCAGUUCUAGCUAGCUAAGGACAAAGAGUCGAAUGAAAGCCUCUGUAGCACAUUGGAAAGACGAAACGUAAAUUUCACAAUAUUUUUUUUACUUUCUUUAUGAAAACCUAAUGCAAAUAUCAUACAGGAAAAUUCCAUUGGCAAACUAAAAAUGAAGUUAGUCAUUCGUAAGGAAUUCGUAUUCGUGAUCAGCCACUUGUACGAAUUCAGAUAGAUUUAAGUUUUUGAAAAGUAGAACAUUAUAGUUUACCGCUAACAUCUACCAUACAAUCUAGCACACAACUUUCGAGGAAUAGAUCAGCGAGAUUGACAUUUUUCAAAUAAUUCCAAGCCGUUCUCAGUGAUGUCUUUUCUUCACUAUAAGACCUGAAUGGAUCCGGUUGUACUUCAUUCACCCUUCUGAUUUAUGGUAAGGAAUAAAAUUCACUUAGGUUGAUAAAGAUUCGUCUAACGGGUGCAACGACUGGAGUUUUCCUUUUCUUAAUUCUUAUCAGGAUUUGUAAUUACAUGGAGUUAGAACUAUAAAAAAUUUUGACCUCCUAGAUCUUCCAUUUCAUUAGUUUUCUUCUGUUACAUUAUAAGUUGGUUUUCCUCUGGGAGGAAUGUUUUCUUAUCGAAAUACUUUAUUUCAUUCUAAGCAGUCUGACCUGUAUUCAUUACGUUAUUAUCGCUUUCUAAAAUGCUAAAUGUUAAAUAUUGUCUUCCUGAUUAUGCAUCUAAGAAUCAUAUUUUUUAUAAGAAGUUUUUAUUUAAAUAGUAGUUUUGAGAAUCACAGAACAUAAUAGGAUUCUCAAGGUCUAAUAUGUGAACAAUUUUGUAUCCCAAAAUACACCAUUGGUAAGUUCAAUUCUUUACAACUCGAAACUUUCCAGCAAUAUCGUUAUGGUCUCUGAAACUGCUUCUGAAGUAUCUGACCGAUACAAGAAAACCACCAUAUUGGUAGCUCAUUAAGUUCGUUCCUAGUUUCCUCCACUGUUAUCCUAUGAGUAUCAGAUCCGUUAGCAUCCUUCACACUUAGACAUACAGUAAAUUGAUGUAGUUGAUUUUCGUCUGUGAAUCUUGCUAUCUUGCAUAUGUUAUUUCGGUAAUAUUCUUAUCCGUUCAUUUUCCAUUUUUCGUGGAAAACUGCUCAUAUUCACCCACCCUGAACGUUGUUUACGAUUUUCAAGUCGAAGAAAUAGUGAGUGUGGUAGUUUUUUAUACCACUCUGGCGACAAAUAGUAUAGAUUUUUGAAAGGAAUAAAUUAUUUAUAAUCAUUGGUGUACUUAUGAACAGAUGGUAAAGCCUAAGUGUGUCUCGUUGUUGCAGUAUCAAUGACGCAAAUAAACUCCACUCUUCUGGCACUAGACACUGUUUGUCACCGAUUACUGUGAUCGGCGCAAAUGUUGGAAUAGGUUUUUGCCACAUGCUAAUUUAAUAGUUUAUUACGACAAAUGCUGAAUGAGUCUUAAAACUGUAGGAUUCUACUUUAAUUUAUAUGAAUGUGUUAUUUGUAAAUGUAAAUGUACAGAAAAAUACACUGUAUAAUUAUGGAAUACUCCAUGAAAAUAAAGUAUGUUAUAAUAACAACUAAGAA